AUGUCACCAACACAAAAUUUAAAACGCCAUAAUCCUCUAAUAAAUAGUGUUGAAACACUGACACGUGUGACGGUAAUCGCUAAGUUUGAGCAAGACAGAGAAUCUCAAAGUAAUACUCGAUUUUUAACGGCCCUUGGCCGAAUGGGAAGUGAACAUUGUGAUAAAGGUGAAUUACCAUUACAAAUUUAA